ACCAAAUAGCACAGCAAGAAGAAGGAAGUGCACUAUUUGUAAUGUUUCUAUUUGUGAAUUUUUUCUAUCGCUCAAUGACGAAUAGAAACAAAUUUCUACGCGCUGAAACAACAAAAAUUUAACUUCUGCGUUUCUAGUUUUGGGGGAAUGAUUUGAUUCCUGUGUGGGUCGAAACAGCAAUGGAUGACCCAGUACGACAGCCGUAUUUUUAUGGCAGAAUUUCGAGACUUGAUGCUGAGCGCUAUUUACGCGAAUGUGGUAUGGAAGAUGGCAUGUUUCUACUACGUAAACGACCGACCGAAGCACAAAGCUUUGCCCUUUCCUUAUGUUAUCAAAAUAGUGUGUAUCAUUAUUACAUCCAGCAUCAUACAAAUGGCAAGUAUGGCAUUGAAGAUGGUCCAAGUUUUUUAAGUCCUGUUGAGCUUAUAGAUUAUCAUAGAGCAAAUCAAGGUGGCCUUCUCACCACUUUAACCAAGCCCUGUAACCGCCCUGAAGGUGUUGAACCGAAGGUCUACACGAAUGUUGAUUACAGUGAAGUCGAAGAGGCCACAAAUGCUGCAAUGAGUAAACUUGGAAUUGGCGAUCGUUCAUCUCUUGGUAAAAACCACAUUCCUCUUGAAGUUAUGUUGGGAAUGCUAUUGCAUGCUAAGCAGUCAUGGUUUCACGGUGUAAUCUCUCGUCAAGAAGCUGAAACUCGUCUGAAGAAAUGUGGUGGCACUGAUGGACUAUUUCUGGUGAGGGAACGAGAGAGGACCUUAGGAACAUUUGCUAUUGGUUUAUGCUUUCAGCAUGUUGUAUAUCAUUAUCUCUUGAAUGCCGACAGUCACGGCAAGCUUUCCAUCCCGUCUGGUCCACAGUUUCUAAAUCUGAUGGAAUGUGUUGAAUACUAUCUUAAUCGAUCAGAUGGUCUGGUGUGCAAGCUUGGCAAGGCCUGCCCAGUUGGAGAGUUUGAGAAGAAUGGAGCUUUACCAUCGUUACCUAGUGGUCCGAGACCAGAAGCUAUUUAUGACACUGUAGCAAUGAAAAAGUCUUCAGUCUACCACAACGCAUUCAAGGACAUUCAAGAGCUAGAUUUUAGCCGUUUAACACUUGAGAACACACUUGGACAGGGUCAUUUUGGCAGUGUGUUGAAGGGCGUGUACAAACUUUCAAAUGGCAAAAAAAUAGAGGUCGCUGUCAAGCAACUCAAGACGACCGCUGCGGCACAACAGACAGAGAUUGAGCACGAGGCGCGGAUUAUGCUAAAAUUGGAUCAUCCACACAUCGUGCGCAUGAUUGGCAUAUGUAAGGAAGCAACCAUGAUGUUGGUGAUGGAGCUAGCGGGUAAUGGUCCACUCCAUAAAUUUCUUCGCAAAAAUAAGCAGCAGGUCACCGUCCGUCAGAUACUCGUCUUGAUGCUUCAAGUCUCCGAGGGAAUGGAGUACCUAGAUAGCAAGCAUUUCGUUCAUCGCGACUUGGCAGCACGCAACGUACUCGUUGUCGACGUGAAUUUUGUCAAGAUCAGUGAUUUCGGUAUGUCGCGCGCGAUGGGGGUUGGGAACAACUACUAUCGUGCGGAAGCUGCAGGAAAAUGGCCGCUCAAAUGGUAUGCGCCCGAGUGCAUAUACUACUAUAAAUUCAGUACAAAAAGUGAUGUUUGGGCGUACGGUAUAACCGUAUGGGAAGCUCUGAUGCACGGAAGUAAACCUUAUGAAGGUUACAAUGGUCAGCAGGUUAUUCAAUUCUUAGAAAUGGGAGAGAGACUGCAUCGCCCUGAGAAAUGCCCACAAAGUGUGUACAGUCUCAUGCGUGGCUGCUGGGAAUGGGAUCCGGAAAAGCGACCUGAUUUCUCGUUGGUUAAAGAAACUCUCUCCAACAUCAUAUUUUAUUACAUGAAAUGAAUAGAAGCAAAUUAAUAAUAGAAAUUGAAGUACGCAUUUUUAACACAUUGUGAACAAAUCAUAGUAGAAACAAGACAUCGGCCUGCGACAAGACUCAUCGCGGAAAUUAUAAUGUAACGUGUUGUAUCUAAGCGUUUCAUAUAACGUACGCGUUAAAAAAUUAUCGCAGAAGUGUUUCCUUAAAAAUUUUUAGUUAGUAAUCUUUUAUUAAAUGAAAAUAGUUCAGCAUCA